AGUUAAGAAAUAUUUCAUCAGAUGUUCAACAAGAAAAUCCAAUGCCUGAUGAUCUUGAAGACACAAUACAAGCUCUUAAUCUCUCUUGUCUUAUAAUAGUUGAAGAAGUUCUCAAUAUUCUUGAAGAAAAUGUAGUCUAUAAAGUUUCUAAAGAUGACCAAAUUAUUGAUGAACUCAUGUAUUUUUUCAAAAAUAAUGAAGAAACUAUAGAUUUAAAUGAAACAGAUAACAGUCAUGAAAUUCCUGUUAUUAGUAUUAGCAUUGCAGUAUCUAGCUUGGAAACUAUCU